UCUGUCUUCCCGCUGCAGCCGCUCGAAGAAAAAAAAAGGGAAACCCAGCCAUGCUUGAGAAAUUGGUGAGAAAGCUUGGUUUUCUCCUUUUCUUGCUCUAGAACACUUCUAGAACCCAGAAAUCUUCCCCCCUGCUGGAAAAGCCGGAUCUGCCCUGCUCGGCUUUGUCCUUCCGCCGGCUGCUCCUGCUUUGUGGGGGUGAAUUGCUCGGUUUUUUGAAUUUUCCUUCCAUGCCGCCGGCUCUUCCCCAAAUUGUAGCUCCGGCCUUGCUUGCUGGAUUCUGGUUUCCGAUCGUUCUGUCAGUUAGCAUUGAGAUUGAGUGCUCGGUUUUAUGCGAGUGAGGAAGUGAAACCGAGGACGGGGAAACCACGGGAAGUGACGAGUUAGAAGGCUAGCCACUUGUAAAUUGAGUAUAGCUUUAGAUAAAUCAUGAUCUUGUAAACCAGAGUGUAUUUGGAGAUUUAUGAUAUGAGAGAAUAUCUUAUAAUUUGAUCUUCAGAUUUUGAUGAUAUUAGAGUGUGAAUUUGAAAGUUCCGAGCCUUGUGCAUUUCCCAAAACAAUAUUUUUCCACAAUCAAGUCCUUAACUUACACUUAAAUAUUCCUGAAAAUUUGGGAUAUUACACUCACCCCUCCUAAAAAGGAGUUUUGUCCCCAAAACUCAAAUUGAGGACCAUAUCAAGUGGUGAGUGGCUUCACACAAUCCGAGACAAAACAAUUGCCUCAUCACUUUCUAGGAACAGAACACGGCCUAUUACGCUUCCGCUGCGCCACUCUGAAAACAAAUCACGACUAAUCUUAAAAAGCAGAACACUAAUCACUUAACAAGAUUUGCCAUCAAAUAAGCUACUGGAGGCUGGGGUAAUACGGAAAGCACAAGGAAUAAAAAUAAAUCCUGCCA